CGCGAACACGCGCGCAUACGCCGCGCUAAUGCUUGCCUAUCAUGGUCGUCUCGCGUGCAAAGCAAACUGACCGGAACUUUCGCCCGCUUUCUCACCCUUCGUUCGGCUCUUCGUCGUCGCUAAGAAUUCUGGCGUUGUUUGGAAAAAAUCAAAAUGUCAAAACGCGUUCACUGUCGUCUGAAACAAUUAAACCAAGAAAAGAUAAUAUAAAAUUUAUAUUAUCUAUACAGCAUUAUAUUGAAAUGAAAAAUUAAUCGUAUCUAUUUCUACCACUCCAGUCCACGUGUGUAGAUCCUCUUCAAAAUGCUCUCUUUCUUUUUUUCUUUUUUUAAUAGAACGUUGUUAAACAGAUUGUUGCUAUUUUAAGAUAUCGACGCGGCGCGGUCGUACAUUUCACGAGCAAUGAUUUAAGCGUUUCUAAACGAUCGAAUAAAACUAGACAGACGGUUUGGAAAAACAUACGGAUUUGUUGUUCUUACGCGUUGAUCGCGCGAAAGAAGUGAAUGAGCGAAACGGGAUUGCGCAACGUUUUCACGGAAACAUUUAUUAUAGCUCGCAAUACGACAACUGACUUUUGUUUGUUUAUAACGGUUUCGAAGAAAAAAGAUUGAAAAACGAAAUAAAAUUGAAUUUUAAUUGUAAUUCGUCUAAUGGACUACGCGGAUGUUUAUACGAUAUCGUAUUUUUAAUAGAGGACAGUAUAAGAAAAUAGAAGUUGGACAGAGACACGUUUUCUCAUCAGAGGAUUCUAAAAAUAUUCUAUGCACGUUGAUUGAAAUUCGCGAAACUUACGGAUACUAAUUCUAAUCGUAGCUCGCAUAGAAUCAACGGAUGACUUCCUAAUUUCUGUAUCCGCGAAAACGGGUCAAAGUUAUUUUCGCGCGAGGCCUGCCGUGUCCGAAACAGCCGCCAACGCUACUCCGCCAUCGAGAAAUGCAUCAGGCUAGACCUAGAGUCAGUCAUUUUACGGUCUCGACCUAAAGCUGGUGGUCACAUGCGGUGCUUUCGCGGAAACGGAGAAUCCCUUAGGUCUCGUCGUUCACUUAGGAACAUCUUGAAACAUUCCGCGUCAAACGAGCAAGUAAACGGACCGUUUUAAUAGAAGUAGCUCAAUGUCGUCUAAAUAAGGAUCGACGCGAAAAAACGGAAAAAAUCAAAAAGAAAGUCAUUAUUUUCAAUAUGAAAUUAGAUUUAGAAUUGAAAUGUUAAAGUUUAAAAAAAGAAGAAAAUAGAAAAUUUAAAUUUCAGGAAUAUGAAAGAGGCGCCCAGUCGUAGCAGAGGAUCAAAAAUGUCGGAGACGGAAGAUAUCCGAGCGAUAGUAGACGGAAAUGAUUUCCACAGCAUCGUCGAGGGAGAGAGCGGAAGAUCCAGCUCGGUGGACUACUUAGACACCUACGAGGACAUCCCUAAGGAAACUACAAAGGGAUUCGCUGAGACUAAACAGGAAGAUAUUAAGAAGAAAGAGGAAACGUUCGCAGAGAACGAGAGAAAAUCGAUCGAACUAGAGAAGAAAGAAGCCACGCGACCAGCGUGUUCGAGCAUAGAACCGGCGGCGAACGAAAACAACAAAUCCGUUGGACGGGAAGUGAGGACAGGUAGCACCGAUGGACGUAACGAGAACCUGCCAGCCGGUGAGUGGAAUUCAUUGCCGCUACUGGUAGAGAGUCUUCGUGCGGCCCUCGAACUCUCCCUAGGGAGCCGUCGCGACGACGAGACGUCCGCGUUGCCCGAGGAUUCCGGCAUCGACUCUGAGGAGGACUUCCGUAUACGUGGCUCGAUGGAACAAGCGCUGGGUGGUAACAGCAAAGAGCCAGAGCUUAAGAAGGACUUGAAGUUCCUCGAGGAUCUCUUAUUGUCCGACAUAGAGACCGCGUUGUCGCGUCUCAGAGAAACUUUAGAAAGAAUCGACGUGGCUGCUUUAGCUAGACACGGUGCGGCUUCUGAUCCUACCAGCAAGAUACAACUGCUGCGUCUGGUGUCCAGUUUGUUAUCCAGACUGCAAGUGCCCGAAGAAGUACCGGAGAAGGUUACGGUUUUACCAUCUACCUCGUUGAGUCGCAGACGUCGAGGGACCAGGCACACGAUAGGAGUCUCCACCGAGGAAUUAGCUCGCGCGAGGAAGUGGUUAGAGGAAGAAAGGAACGGUUACCAACGAGACGAUGUGUUGACAAUCGCGAGGGAACAGAAAGACUUAACGUCCCCUUGUAACGUGGCUGUGAAAUCAGAGGAGAUCCGCGACAAGUGUAUCAAAGACGCCAUCAAUCAGCGUCAAUUGUUAGAGGACAAAAAUAAGGAGAUCAGAGAUAAUUGUGCGUAUCGUGGGAUCCAACAGCUGGAGACUGGGAACGAUAAGGUUACAGGAGAGUCUGAUAUGUACCAAGCUUCGUACAGGACAAACGGUAAUUAUAAAGAGAACGAGAAUAACAGCGAGGAUAACGAGGAGAGAUCUCGAGUGAGCAAACUAGCCGCUGCGCUCAGGCAACGCGCCGAGUUGGCUACUUCCGGUGUUGGUAAGUACGGGAAUAAUAAAUUCAUUGCGAAGAAAUCGAAGAUCAAGCGUGCGAAUACUAUAGACAUACCGAGUUAUUUGAAGCUUCAAGAGAGUCUCGGACACGAAAGCACCGGUUGCGUUUCCCUCCGGAGGCCCAUCAACGUGGGCGACAAAGUCUCCUUCAAUUCCAUCAACGCUAUCGUGCCUACUUUCCAACCGAAAACGGAGAACGACAGAAAAUUUCUGGCUCUGAUAAAUAAGAACAACGAGGCUCCAUCGAGCACGCCUGUGGUUCCUUUCAAAAUCAAUGGGAAAACAAUGGAUAUGUCGUCGUUGACUAACGAGAACUGGAACAGCAGGUUCUCCAACAUCAAAACGAGCUUCGAUAAAUCAGCUAUGCCCGAAGACAGAGGAAACAAGAUGUCUCUUAAGACUCGUGCGAAUAAAAUGUUUCCAGGUGCGUCUGAAAUGUGUUCCGACUCAAAUUCAAAUUACAGCAUCCCUAAGACAGACUCUACGAUCGGUUUUCGACACGCUCCAUCAUCCCCUUUCCGGAAAAUCGAGAAACCGUCUUCGGUGUCCCCGUCGAAGGUGCCCCCGGCUUAUCACCGGCCAAAGAACGCUCCAGUUCCGACGAAUACAUUGAAAGAGAAAGCCAGAAUGAUGUUCGACCGAGAAAGCGCACAACCGUCUUCGAGAUCUACCAGAGCGGAAGUGGAUUCUCAGGAGAAGCAUGGAUUUCCUCGUCCACCAUGGCUGGAUCAUGAAAACAGAGCAAACGGUACGGUCACGGAGAAUGGAAAGUUAGAUUAUCGUUCUUUUUGCAAGCAGUUCGCUCCGUUUGUUGGCAAAUCUUCGUCAACCGACUCAAAGAAGAUGGAACAACGCGAGAAGAUUCCUGGAGUGGUGGACGGUAAGAUUUCCUUCAAAAUCCCAGAGAAACACGUACAAGUUCAUCGAUAUUCACCGAAGCGUAGGGAGUCGAAAGAGAAGUUCGAACCGAUAAGAGGUGCCAUGGUAAAACUUGAAGAGCGUGGACGCGAAGAGAUGGAACGAUCCAAGACGAAGAAUUUCACGGAUACCACAUUGCGUGGCAGUUCUUCGGUAGCUGUGCAGACUGGAAUAAACGACGAGCACCAGGACGAGGGACGUUCUUUCCGAGUGGUGCCAAGGAUCUCCAAAGGUACGAACUUGGUCUAUAACAACGUUUCCGUCCAGACUUCAGGAGACUUGGAAAGGCCUAAGAUAUCGGUCAGUGACACCGAGACUGGGAAGCAAUGGAAACCUGGUCACUAUGAACACUCUGACUCAGAUCAGACCUACGAGGAUCGUCAAAGAUUCAUUUUAGAUCAUAAUCAAAAUUACCACACUCUGUCCAGUGACUCUGAGAUCAAUGGCCCGAUGAUGUCUGGCAACGUGCGUCAGGUUGCAGGUGAACAGAUCCUCGCGGACCCAGUGCCCUUCCAAGAUUACCAGAAACCAACUGAAGAUCCUGAGACCCGUGAGUACCCAUCCUCCUUCGUCUCUCCUAAUUUAUACGACUACAAUCAACCAGACGACGCUCUGGACGCGCAUGAUCAAAAGGCAACAGACUGGCCUAACGAAGCUUCCACUUUCCCAGACGACGAAAACAUUCAGAACCAGGAUAUCAGCCCUGAAGUGGGAAUCGUGACGAGAUACACCUGCGCUAUAGCUACAGUCGCAUCCUCUGUGGACAGUCCCGAGCCUCGUUCCGAGGAAGUGGCGGUAGAUACAUCCUCGUCACCGUCUCCUUCACAGUGGUCCUGCUCCAGAUCCAGACCACCUACCAACGAGAACACCACGCCCGAAGACGAGAUUCGUCGGCACAACUUGUUGCAGCAGAGUCUCGUUCGUCGACUGCAGAACGAAGUGACAUCCUUGAACGAGCCACCAGCUCGUUAUCAGACCUCGAGUUACGCUCAGCAUUUGACAGUGAAUCAAUCUAAGAGCUUUAAUCAUCCUGCAGGUCAGAGUCAUCAACGAAGCUUCGACCAACCAGCGAACUUUGAUCAACCUGCUGGCUCUCAAGGAGCAAACAGAUACGGUAAAUUCCUAGCGCCUGUUCCUCAGAAGAAGCCAGAACCUCCUGCAACGCAUUCACCGGCUCCAAUGACCGUGAACAGAGUGAUUGCUCUCAGGGAAGCCUACGAGCAGACACCCAACAGCACCCAACCGAAACCUCUUCAGAAAGAACGCUCUCCGAUACCAAACGGUGCGACUCACAUCGACUCCAGCGACGAGUAUCUAGUCUCUUGUGCUACUAAACCAUCAAGAUCCAUCGUCCUCUCGAAAUCAGAGUCCUGGCACCAGUUAGCCUUAUCUAACAGUCAGUCUCGCGCGACUAGGACGAACGUUCAAGCGUCGGUCUCUACGUUCUCUCACGCUGCUCAUCCUAAACCACCGAAACCGAGGUCGCCAUCCUCUCAGAAAUUGAGAUCCAAGCAAUUCGAAGCUUCCUCCAUGGCGGACAGCGUGAAGAAGAUGGAGGAUAAAAUCAGGCAGUACUUCGAUCAGCCAGACCCUGUGGAACAUAGAGAUACUUUGAGAAACAGACGUUCACCGAGAUUAGCGAACAAAGGAAUGGUUGGACUGUCCCGCAGUCGCACCAUGCCUGGAUUGUCCGAUGAAAAGCUACGUCUAUCGAUCCCGGCUACUCAACAGGCUCCUCUGUUGAACGUUAACACCGCGGACGUUGAUAAAGUGUUCGACGACCUGUUCGAGGAAGCCACGAGGACCGACAGCCAGUGCUGAUCGAACUGGAUGCUUCUUCGUCUACGCGUUACACUCGACACGGUGCGUAAUCAGGAAAUUCGUCGUGUCGAGUUUCUUUGGCUGAGACUGAUUCCUGGCCAGGUUGCUGAAAGACUGUUCGAAUAAUUUCUCGUCGCUGAUCACUGUGCCCUGACGGUUCGACGGUACCACGUUUUUCUUUUCUUUAUCAUAGCAUUAUCGUCUGCAUGGAGUGGAAAGAACGACGAGAGAAACAACCAAGGAAGAUCAAUCGAAGAAUCGCCGUUGCGACAGACUCGGAAGAUCUGAGAAUCUCUUUGGAAGAUAUCGUUCAUCGAGGAGACAAGACUGAAUUGUUGCCCGCGUUUCAGCGCCAACGGGGCGGACAGAUACGCCCUGCGUGCGCUUUGUUUGUUUCUUGUUAUUUUCACAUUCUGUUUUCUUUAAUAAGCCACUCGAGUCGCGCUGUUGCGAACACGUUUCGCGGGACGGACGUUCAGAGUCGCUAAGAA